CUCGACCUCAAAGCAAAAGCUCAAAAGAAAGAAGCAAAGGACUCUAAGGACUGGAAGCAAGACAAGAAGCUUAGAGGAGACUGAAACUCCUCACAAACUGAGGCAUGGCGACCAGCAGAAGCAAGAUGACUAAGGCACAAUCCAGACGAACCAUCCAAGGCCGAUGUAGAGUUGCCGUCAGCCCCAACAAGCAGGCUGUUUUGGUCCUGGCAGGUGUCCUGCUAUUCUUGCUAUUGCCCUUACUCUCGGCAGUUGCCACGCCUGCUACUCCAACUCCUGCCCAACCGCUUGGCGAUGUCGACCUGACAGCGGAUGCCCAUGAACAAGCCUUGCACGAAGGCAGCACUAGCACUAGCACCAGCACCGAGAGCACCGACAACCACUUCCACAGCACCGACGACAACAGUGCAGCCAUCUGCCACGACGCCCGAGUCGCCCUUGAGGUCGUCACGGAGGCAAUUCUCUUGACCACAAGGAGCGAAGAGGAAACGCAGGAGGAGAAUUCGCAGGAGGAGGUGGUUGCAGACCACAACGGCGACAAGCUCCCCAUGCAUGCGCACUUGCAUGCGUUGCAGCGCGUCAUCAACGCCCACUGCCAACAACAACAACACCAACAGCAGCAGCAAGAUGAAAAACAACAACAACAGCAGCAGCAAGGAGGGCAAGGAGAAGACACCGACGACAACAGCAGCGCCAUCCUCAAGGCUGUCGCACGAGCUGCUCUUCCGCUGCAACAUGCCUCGCCUUUCCCUCUCCUUACCCAGCAGCAUCAACGUCAACAACAGCAGCGGCGGCGGAGAGACGUUGUGGCAGAAGCAGAGCCCCCCACGGACUUUGUCUUUGACCGCUGCACCGCUUCAGCGAUCAUCAAAGGCAAUUGCACGGUGCCCGCUUCUGAAGACACCAUCGCUGGCGGCACGUUGACCAUUGCAUUCGAUGCACCAAACGACGCCACAGCCCUGUUGGAGGAGAUCGAACCCAGCUCGGAAGCUGCCACUGCCGCAGCUCAACUCUGCAACUCAUUGCAGCCACGUGCCUUGGUUAUCGCGGGCACCGUGCACAACACCGAUUUGGAAUGGGUACUGAGCCACACACAGUGCACAACAGUCCAGCGUGUGAAUGUCACAGGCCUGCUUGGCCCAGACUUCUUCUUCAACACCUUCAACCCGCUGACGAGUAUUCUAAAAAUCGAGAUCCGUGAUAGCAGUUUUGUGCGCUUGGCUCAGAACAACCAGGAUGCAUCCCCCCAUCAGACGUUUGCGCACGCUGGCCAGAUCACGUCCAUCCUCACCCACAACACCCUGGUGGGUGGCAUAGACCAAGGCGCUUUUGCAGGCAUGUCGCAGCUACGCUCACUCACCCUGCAGCGCGGGCGGCUGCGGGAGAUCACAGCAGAACACUUUGCGGACUUGACCAAUCUUCGCACGCUCACUCUGCGCCGCAACCUCAUCACACGCAUUGCGCCUAACGCCCUCAGCUCAACAACAGCUUUGGAAAGCCUGGACCUGAAUCAGAAUGGCUUCGGAGAGCUGCCCGCCACUUUGUUCGAGGCCCCAGUCAAUCUCACCUCCAUCAACAUCGGGGUCAACUUCAUUGAAACCCUCCCCGAAACCAUCUUCUCGAACCUCGCCAAACUGAAGCACCUAUCCAUCAACAACUGCUUCCUCACCACGCUUCCGCCCACGCUGCUCCAUGCCAACACCAUGUUGCACCAUAUCCACUUGCGAGAAAACAAGUUGGAGGUUCUCCCGUCUGCCGUUUUCUCCAACCUUUCGGCAUUGGAAGAGCUUGACCUGCGCCGCAACUAUUUCACAGAGAUUGACCUGUCUUGGUUUGCGGCCGAGAUGCCAGCUCUGAAGUCGUUUGACUUGAGCCAGAACAACAUCGAGGUACUGCCACAGAACUUGCUGGCAGCUUUCCCUGCCCUUCGAACGCUCCAGCUCCAAUCAAACGCGCUGACGAAUCUUCAACCAGGAAUCAUUUCUGAGCACUCCCAGCUUGUUUCCAUUGACCUCAGCUACAAUCAAUUGGUCCAACUUCCACCUGAUUCGUUUCGCAGCUUCCCAAACCUUGAAAGGCUCGCACUCUCCAACAAUGCAUUGGAGGUCUUUCCUCACAAUGUGAGCCUGCCCCAGUUGAGAAUUCUUCGACUUCUGAACAACCCCCUCAAAACAGCGGUUGAUGUGCAAAGGCUUCAACGCUUGGAGGAGCUCCGUUUCAACGGGCACUUGUUGUCAAAAGUUGACAUCACACCGUAUUUGAACCUGCAUCGACUCCACUCCCUAUCGGUUCGACCAGCCACUUCUCUCGAGAGCACUCUCAUUUUUCACGAAGGCAGGAUCAACACCACGAACCUUUGCCGCCUGCGACACCUGAACAUUCGGAACAUGCACUUCUCUGGUUUCCUGAGAUGGCUGGUUCAGCACCAGGUUCAACUUCGCAGCCUCUACGUCGGCGCCCCACAUAUGAAUGCCAUGACAGCCCCUGUUAGUGAAAUAUGCAGUGCGUUGGCAUCAGACGUGGAAAGCCUCGCCAUCAUCAACACCGCUUACGAAGAACUACGUCUGUGUCCAAACACCUCCAUCCAAGCCGUGUUUCUCGAUCAAAAUCACGCUUUGACGACCGUUGAGGUGGAGUCUCCGACUCGCACCUUAAACGUGUCAUCCUGCCCAAACCUGGAGACAAUUCACGUGCCAGUGGCCGAGGUGCUAGACAUCAGUCGCACCAAGGUCCCUUUCCAACGCGGGUUCUGCCGCACACUCGGCACGCGCGUCCUGGUCGCACAGCAGUGGCAAGAGCGCGGCAAGCCCGACGUUCAGCGGCUCUCGCCAUUGCUUCUGCAGUGCAUUGUGUUUAGCGACGUUGAGGUUGUGGACCUGAGCGACAACGACUGGAUCGACCAGCCGCACCUGCUCAAUGCGCCACUCAACAGACCGGUGGCGUUUCGGAAAGACCAGCCAGACGCUGCAUUGUUUGGGGUGGUGCAUUUCCGGCAAGUUAUCCCCAGCAUUGAGCUGUUUCGAUCCCCGGUGGAGUGUCGACUGCGUGUUACGACUCAACCUACGGGGGAAUCACGCACCAUCCACACAAGAGUAUGGGACACAGUGUUCCUGUUUCGCUGUCAGUGCUCAUCUGGUUAUAUCGCAAGAGGAGACAAGUGCAUCAAGCAGACAGACAACCCCGUGCCGGUUGCGUUGGGCACUGUUGCCGGUGUCUUGGCGCUGCAAGGCGCACUGUUUGCGCUGUUCCGCUGGUAUCGCCGGCACAAGCAGUUGCGCGCCGAGCACGCCCUCAACAUGCAGCUGCUCUCCGAGAAGGACGCGGAGGUGCUGGCGCUCAAGGCCGUGUGGGACAUUCCGUUUGAGGAGCUUGACCUGUACCGCGAGCUGGACAGUGGUGCGAGCGGCGACGUGUGGGAGGGCGAGUGGGACUCGGUGCAUGUGGCGGUGAAGGUGCUGAAGCUGGGCAACGUGUUCCUGGACGCAGCGACGCAGCAGGAGUUUGAGAAGGAGGUGGCGUUCUUGCAGCGCACGCGGCAUCCGCACCUGGUUCGCUUCUUUGGCGCUGGCACAAACCCGGUGACUGGCGCGCCGUUUCUGGUGCUCGAGUUUAUGGCGCUCGGAUCCCUGCGCCAGCUGCUGCAGCGCAACCUGCAACAGGUGUUGACAGAGACCAACAGCACCAGCGCUUCCACGACCGCAGAAACUGCUGCGCCGACAAGCGAGGACUUGGAUGACUACACAGUCGUGUCAACAACCAGGCACUCGGUGCAGCCUGGUCUCUUGACUGUGUGGGCGCUGAAGCAGCGGCUCGCUGCGGACAUUGCAUCUGGCAUGGCGUUUAUCCACAGCCUCGGCAAACUCCACAGAGAUCUGAAGAGCGGCAAUGUGCUGGUGUCGGCGAACCUGCGGGCAAAGAUCACGGACUUUGGAACCGUGACCCAGCGCCUGAGUUCACAGCAGGUGCAUUCUGCGGGACCACACCGCAGCAGCGGAGGCGGCUGGUUUGGCCUUGGCUUUGGGCUGCCCGGCACCCACAAUCACAGCAGCGACAGGAGAAUGAGCAACAACAACAACGACAGCGACGACGACGACAUAGGCAGCAGCGGCAACGACAAAGACAGUAAUGGCAGUUCAAGCGUGCUGGCUGGGGCUGGGUUAUCGUCGUUGACCACACCAGCGUCGUCGUCACGUGGUGGCGAUUCAGAGGCAGCGCAGGCCAGGCUGCUUGCGGCGGCGGCUGAUGGUGCUGCUGUGAAUGACGAUGUUGCGUACGACGAGGAGGUGGCUGGCAUGACGAUGAGCAUGACCAUGACAGCCGCUGUUGGCACGCCGCUGUACACUGCGCCAGAGGCGCUGACGGGGACAGCGUACGACACCAAGGCCGACGUGUUCAGCUUUGGGGUUGUGCUGUGGGAGAUUGUGACGCAGCGGAAACCCGACUUGAUCAAGCAAGAGUUUGGGGACGGGUUCUGCGGCCCGAUGCUGUCCACCCUCGCAUCCUUGCUUGCAUCCGGCAAGCGGCUCCGCUUCCCUCCAUCUUCAGGCAAUGAGGAAGCGGCGGAAGUGCUGUUGCGCAACCUGGCGCAAGAAUGCAUGGCACAGGAGGCCAGGGAGCGACCCACCUUCCAGCAGCUGAAGGAAAAGCUGCUCGCAGCUCUACCCGGCUCUUAAGCUGCGCCAGACAGCUAGACAGCCAUUGCUUGAGCCAAUUGCUCUGUGUGCGCAAUGAUGAGGGUUCAUCCUGGAUAAGAUGCUUGAAGGUGUUUGUGUUUGUUGCUCGGUGUAUUGAAUUGUGUUUGUGGUUCCCUACUUGCCUGC